GCUUUCUCCAGCUGGGAUGAAGGACUUGAGCAGAAACUCAUCGCCGACUUCUUCCCUGUGUGAGCGCCCACUGAGUCCCAGGUCUCCCAUCUUCCCCCGGUGCGCGGUGCCUGGUCUUGAACAGCCAUGACGAUGGAGGUGCUCCCCAAGGCCCUGGAGGUAGACGAGAAGUCUCCGGAGUCCAAGGACCUCCUGCCCAGCCAGACAGCCAGCUCCCUGUGCAUCAGCUCCAGAAGCGAGUCCGUCUGGACCACCACCCCCAGGAGCAACUGGGAAAUCUACCACAAGCCCAUCAUCAUCAUGUCAGUGGGCGCUGCCAUUCUGCUCUUUGGUGUGGCCAUCACCUGCGUGGCCUACAUCUUGAACGAGAAGCAAACGGUUGUGCCAGUCCUCAAGAUGAUAGGGCCUGCCUUCCUGUCCUUGGGACUCAUGAUGCUGGUGUGUGGGCUGGUGUGGGUGCCCAUCAUCAAAAAGAAGCAGAAACAAAGGCAGAAGUCCAGCUUCUUCCAAAGCCUCAAGUUCUUCCUUCUGAACCGCUGAAGGCAAUCUGACCAGAAGAUCUGCUGACCAGCCUGCUAACCUCCUCUGUGGGGUACCACCAAGCUGAUUCAGGCAAACCCUCCUGGGACAGAGAUCAGGGCUUCACCCUCACACAAUCUCGCAGUGUUGCUGGCUGCGUUUCACCUGGUUUCUCCAUCGCUGCUGAUGCUCCCUUGGAUAGUCUCAAUAUUCGCAUCCCUGGCACCUGCCUUUAGCCAUCAUUCAUCCCACUUUCUCUGCCAAGGGCAGUGCAUGCUGGGAAAUUCUUCGGGGGUUGACUAUGCUCCCAAGAAGAACUUCUUGUUGUAAUUGCGUGUCUGAGCUGGAUUCCACAUCUGCAUCCUUCUGGAACUAAAACUGAUCAAGGAUGGAAGGGUAACCUCAGACCCACUGGGUUUGACAGUCUUGACGCCCUCCUUGGGUGAGACAUUGGCUAGCAUUACAAGAGACAGGAUAAUUCUCAUGUACCAAACAUUCCAAAAUUUGAACAGUGAUGGGGGCUGUAGACGGGGGACACUGUCCAGGGCAGAUCAUUCCUCUGGGCAUAGCUCUAAUAGUCAGCUAGCCAAGGAAGUUCAUUCCCGAAUCCAUAGUAUUGACACCAGCGGCAAUAGCACAGGCUAAGCGGUGUCUGUUUCCCAUUGACCCUCCAAUGCCCUUCUCACGGACUGCCUUCAUCUUGGCAAUUAGCCAAGAACAUAUGCUCCUUGGUCUAACUCCUUUCCCCCACCCCAUCUCUGUCUCUAUGCAUUGCCAGAACAGAAGGAA